CACCUGAGAGGUGCUGGGUGCACGGAGCCAGGCUGUGACAGUCCAGAGCUGGAGCUCAUGGCCAGAAUCAGCACGGGCAGCCCCUCCUCAAAGCACGGUGGAGGGGUAGGCCAUGAAUCCAGGCCAGAGGAGAGCUGGGCAGCUGAGCCCAGAAGGCUCUUCCUGGGCUGACCUUCUGAGUCACAGGGAAUUACAUCAUUUCCAAGUACCCAUGGCAGACGACGGGGCCAUCCUCAGGGUCACCAGGGACCUGAAAGCUGCUGUCUCUGCCAUCCUCCAGGGCUACGGGGAAGGACAGGGGCCGGUGACAGAUGCCAGUGCAGAGCUGCACAGACUCUGCGGCUGCCUGGAGCAGCUGCUGCAGUUUGACCAGAAAGAGCAAAAGAGCUUCCUGGGCCCUCGGAAGGAUUACUGGGACUUCCUCUGCACUGCCCUGCGGCGGCAGCGGGGGGACACGGAGCAGAUUCCUUUCAUCUACAAGCAGGAGAAGCUGAAGACCCCUCUGGGCAGAGGCCGCGCCUUCCUCCGCUUCUGUCUAGCGCGUGGACAGCUUGCCGAGUCCCUGCAGCUCUGCCUCCUGAGCCCAGGGCUCCUCAGGGAGUGGUACGGCCCUCGGAGCCCUCUCUUGUGCCCUGAGCUCCGGGAGGACAUCCUGGACUCUCUCUACGCUCUCAAUGGGGUGGCCUUUGACUUGGACCUGCAGCGGCCAGACCUGGAUGGUGCCUGGCCCAUGUUCUCGGAGUCCCGUGGCUCCAAUUCCAGCUGGACCCAGGGAAGAAGACCCAGGAAGACCAAAGAUUCCCCAAAGGUGAUCUUAGCACCAUCUGGAGGCCCCAAAGGAGUCCAGCUGGAGGAGCCACUUACCAGUCAAGCCAGUUGUCUGCAAGACCCAGCCAGAGGAGGCCAACCCACCAGACUCCCCAGGCCCCAGCCACACAAGCAUCUUCCCUCCUGUUUGGAAACACAGAUAAAAGAUUCCAGGAGCCUUGGUUCCCCCCAGAACAUCUGGGAACCAGAGCAGGAGAUUCAGCCAGACCUGGAGGAAGGAGCCCCAAGGCCCAGGGAGAAAUUCCCAGAGGAUUCAAGAGCCAGCAUUCAGCCAAAGAAGGAAGGGGCCAGGGAGGUUCAGAAGGAGGUGACAGGGAUGGCAGCUGAAGGCACAGGGAUUCUGCCAGGUGCAGAGGCCCAGAGAACAGAAGGGGUUCAUGGAGGAGAAACAGAGCAGGGUCCCAUUCGGGGGCUGCUGGUCUCCAGCUCCAUGGUGAUGACAGAGGAAGCAACAGCAGGGAGCAGGCCGGGGUGGUUCUGGGUUCCCCAGGACCCGGGAACAAAGGAAGGCCCCACCACAGAAAAGCCACAAGAACCAAAAGAAGUGACCAGUCUGGCCAGUGGGGAGAAUGGCACCGAGGAGCCCCUGCAGGAGGUAGUCAAGAACCUCAGACAUGGGCUCCAGAAGGCAGAGGAGCAGACACAGCGCCAGGAGCUGCAGCUGAAGACGCAGGAGGGGGAGCUGCGCGCACUUCGGGAGCAGCUCAGCAGAUGUCAGGAAGAGAAAGCCUGGCUGCAGGCAGAGAUGGAGCAGAAGCAGCAGGAGGCAGAGAGGAGGGACGCCAUGUAUGGGCAGCAGCUUGCAGAGCAGCGGGACCUGAUCCAGGCCAUGAAGACGAGGGUGUUGGAACUGACUCAGGAUAAGGACCGCCAGUGGCAGAGGCUGCAGCAGCUCUCCUCGGUGGCACCUGCAGUCUGCGUUGGCUGUAGCAAGGUCUUUAGCCGGCUGUCUCGGCGGUAUCCGUGCAGGCUCUGUGGAGGCCUGGUAUGUCAUGCCUGCUCUGCGGACUACAAGAAGGAGGAGCGCUGCUGCCCACCCUGUGCCCAGGGUGGAGAAGCCCAGGUCACCUGACCAAGACCAACCCCGGACCAGCCACCCCACACUGACAACCCCACCCAGGGCACUCCCUUCCCUCACUCUUCCCAGCCCUCUGACCUGUUGGGCCCCACCUUCUAGAAGCUGGCGAGUGAGGGCAACAGCACCCCAGUGUGAGGACGGAAGCAGCCGAGCUUACCGUCUGCAGAUAGUCCUAUCCCUGAGUGUCCCACCAUGGAUGAGCAGGAUGGUAUAUGCCCUCAGCUCUUGGGGCUUUGUCUUUAUGGCCUACAGCCUCUCUACAAA